UUGAUUCCUACUGAAAACGUACUUUCCUCGCGGAAAAAGAAAAACAAAAGUAUUUUCCUUUUUUAUUAGCGCUUCGCUUUCUUCCGACUGCUCUCUCUCGCCGCAUAAGUGAAGUUUUUAGGCUCUGGUCUCUACUUGUCUUGUUGGUAUCAGACAUAAUCCAUCUUUCCUGUGCUUCUGGUCCAGGAGAUUCGUGCAUUCCAUGGGGAAAAGAUUGCGGCUUUACAACUAUUUUGCUCUAAAGAAGUGUCAAAAGAGAGUCUGCACUGCAGAAGAUCGCAUUAGUCAGUUACCUGAAGAAAUUCUGGUAUAUAUAUUAUCUUUCCUUACUGUUAAGGAAGCAGCUGACACAAGUGUCCUCUCAAGGCGGUGGCUAAGGUUGUGGACAUGUAUUCCUCGGCUUGAUUUUGAUGCUACCAAACCCUUGGAUGAAGUAGCCUCACAAUUCAAGCUACGGAAAAGGCAUAUGAAGAAGUAUCUGAGAUGGGUCAACCGUACUUUGCAAAUGUGUAAAGGACAAAGACUGGACCAAUUCCGGGUUAAUUUUGAUUUAAACAAAUUUGCGCAGCGUGAGAUUGACAGUUGGCUUGAAUUUGCCCUUUCUAGGGAAGUUCAAAGACUAGAAUUAGACCUAUUAAAGGGUGGAGAGGACAUUCGUGAUUUUGAUUACUGUUAUACUUUUCCAGAGCGACUCCUUGGUCUCAAUGGCUUUUCUUCAGGCCUACCUCAUUCUAUUAACUUCCAAACGUCCCCACUUGUCAGUCAGAAUUUCAAGUCUGUUAAAAUGCUGCUCUUGAAAUCCGUAAAUGUGACGGGCGAAGUUCUUGAGUUCUUUCUACACAAUUGUCCGUUUCUUGAAAAAAUGGUUGUUCAUGGAUCAGGAACAUUGGUAAAUUUGGAAGUUGUUGGUCCAUCCCUCAAGUUGAGACACUUGGAGAUAUGGUACUGCCUCAAUGUGGAAUCACUUAAAAUUUGUGAUACAAAUCUUAAAACACUUGGGACUUCAUCAGGAAAGAAAUUACUGCUUAAGAAUGUCCCGAUGCUGGUUGAGGUAGACAUUUUGGGUUGGCCAUACACCCAUAUUUUGGAUGACAUAUCCUCUCAUCUUUCCUGUGUUCUCUCUCAGCUGGAGGUCCUCACAUUACAUGCUUCUCAUUCUUUGUUAUUUUUGCAGGAAAAUUUGGAGCAUUACAAUUUACCUGAACUAAGUAAGCUCAAGAAAUUUGUCUUAACUAUAUUCGGACGGAAAGACCAGAGUCUGUUAGGUUACACGUCUAUCAUAAGGGCUGCUCCACAGUUGAAGGAAUUUGAAUUACAGUUGACAUUGUCAUGUCCCUUCCAGUCAAACAGAGAGUGUAAUAAAGCCAUAAAAUGUCCACUGCAUCACCUCAAAGUGGUCAAGUUGUGUGGUUAUUAUAGCGGCGUAGUUCAUCUUGAACUCGUGAGGUACUUUUUGGAAAAUGCUGUUGGACUCAAGAGAAUCAUCAUUGAUACUAGGAAUCCAAUUUUUUCUCGCGUCCCUUUGGAACUUGAGGUAAUUGGGAAGCAGCAAACUGCAAGAAAUCUUGCUAUGCUCCAGCUUGAAGGUGAAGUACCUCCAGAUAUUGAGUUGGUGAUACUGUAAAAUGUGUGUUUGUUAUGAAAAUAAUAAUGUUAUUUUUCAUUUAUUAGGGCCUUCCCAUUUAAAUUUGUGCUAAUAAGGGAGAUUUGGUUCAGUAUUAUGAUCCCACAAGGGGAUAAUAUAAUGUACCUGAUUUAAUUUUAUAAUUAUUUGACCUCAUUCUUUCUUUUGAUGAA